UCUGUCACGUACGUCCAUGCAGUGGUGUCCAUCAGCUCCGGCGUCCUUACUGCUCAGCUGGGACGGUACAGGAGCACAGAGAAAGCUCUUCAUCAUGAGGUCCUUCUUCUUACUGCUCUUCUCCCUGUUGUUGAUCUCCCAUGGAUCUUCAGCUGUCAUCACUGGGACGUGUGAGAAGGACUUUCAGUGUGGAGGAGGCAUGUGUUGUGCAGUGAGUCUGUGGAUCAGCAGCCUGCGGAUGUGCACACCCAUGGGACAGGAGGGAGAAGAUUGUCACCCAAUGAGCCACCAGGUUCCGUUCUUUGGGAAAAGACUUCACCACACUUGCCCCUGUCUGCCCAACCUGUCAUGUGUCUCCGUCGAGGAGGGCAGAUCCAAAUGUCUCUCAUCCUACAAGCACCCAGACCCAGACUACUACCUCUGAUGACCAACACCACAGUUACACACUAUAGCUACACUACUGACGGCCUGCACAGUAACUACUUCAUCCGCCUAUAAAAGCCUGUUUCCACUGUUUAAUUUAUUUUGAAUAAAGAUAUAUAUUUAAUAAGGCAU